GACAUACUAUUCCUGAUAUUGGACACAUUGCGCAAGAAGACACGACAUUCACCCCGGACGCGCUAGCCAAAACCUUACGGACUUGGCACCUUGUCAAGGAAGGACAGCCAUGUCAACGACACCGCAGCUUCCUGGACGUUCCAUCGCCAUCGCGCCGGCAGCAAAAGUGCCCACGCCAGAUGGAAACGAUGCCAGCGUCGAGCUCAUGCAGUAUGCCUGUACGGCGUGUACCCGGCGCAAGGUGAAAUGCGACAAGGCGAAAGCGCCGUGUUCAGCAUGCCACAAGGGUCGCAUGGAAUGUAUAUACGUAGCGCCACCGCCGCGAGAACGAAAGCGGAAACGAAAGCCAGUUGAAGAACUCCAGGAUCGACUUGAACGAUGCGAGCAGCUCCUCAGAGAGAAUGGGAUCCCAGUGAAGCCGGUUGAGGAUGUCUUUCCGGUGGACUCUACCACUUCUGUUGGAAAUGCUGCACCGGACACGAAGCCUGGAACGGCCGGCGAAGGCGUGUCCGGCACGCUUCUUCAAGGUCCGGGCAAAACGAGAUACAUCGACUCCAACAUCUGGCGCAACCUUGGCGAUCACCUGGAGGACAGCGACUACGAUGAUCAUCCUCAAAAUCCUGAAGAUUCGAACCCCUCUGACCCAGCUUCCCUGUCGCUGUACAACACCUCUAACUCAUCUCAAAGUCUCCUCAAUCUCCACCCGACCUACGACGUAGCCAUGAAGCUCUGGAACAUCUAUGUCCGCAAUGUGGACCCGAUCGUCAAGAUCGUUCACGUUCCCUCGACGCGAGAUCUCCUUCAACGUGCAGCCGCGAAUCCAAGCUCCAUGACUCCAGACACCGAAUGUCUCCUAUUCGCCAUCUACCUCUUCAGCGUAAUCUCCAUGUCGCAGAAGGAUUUCGAACAGGAGGUAGGUACGUCGUGGAGUUUUCUCCACAAUCGUUUCCACGAUGCAGUACGCCGCUCUCUUGUGAGCAACCACUUUCUCCGCACCACAUCUCUUGCCGUCUUGCAAGCCUACACUCUGUUCCUCGCAUCUGUGCGGAACACAUAUGAUCCACACACCUUCUGGGUGCUGACAGGUAUCGCCAUUCGCAUCGGACAACGCAUGGGUCUCCACCGUGACUCCGCCGAGCAAGGUCUCAACCCUUUCGACGUACAAAUGCGUCGCCGUCUCUUCUGGCAGCUGAUCCCUCUCGAUGGUCUUGCCGCUCAACUCUCCGGCACGGGAAUCGCCAUACCUUCGGACUCAUGGGAUACCAAACAGCCCCUGAAUCUCGACGAUGCCGACAUCUGGCCCGGAAUGUCCUCCGAACCGAUCGCCAAACGCGGAGCAACCGACAUGAUCUUCUGCCUUGCACGGACGGAGAUUGGAAAGUUUCACCAAAAACGAAUGCAGCCCGGUAAAUGGAACAAGCUGUGGGACUCACCCGACACACCCGCCGUGCACAAGUCACUGCAAGAUCUGGAGACGACCAUGGAAGAGAAUUACAUCCGCUACUGCGACAUCACCGUGCCGGUGCACUGCCUCACCCUCUCUAUGGCCCGUGGUGUGCUCAACUUUGCGCGAUACCGCGUGGCGAUGGAGAAGGUCAAAGCACCAGAUGCGACACCCAUUACACGAGCAGAAUUUGUGGCCACAGUGACAAAGAUUCUUGACAUCGACCUCGCGGCGCAGAAGAACCCGAUGCUGGAGCGAUUCCAGUGGCAUUUCCGGACGUUCUUCCAGUGGGAUGCACUGAUCUGGCUGUUGACCGAGAUGAGAAAGGAGGACACGAUGGUGGACUUCGAUGCUGCGUGGAACAAAGUGGAGCAGGUGUAUGCGUAUCAUCCGGAAUUGUUUGCCUGGAAGAGGUCGAUCGAUGUGGCAUUGGCGAGGUUGACCUUGAGAGCGUGGGAGGCGACGCAUAAAAAUGCUCAGGCCACCAGCGCUGGUAGAAGCGAACCGGACUUCAUCGUCCAACUGCGAGCCGGCUUCGAA